AUGAAGCGCUUAUUAAAAAUCCAAGUGAAAAACAGUUUCAGUAAAGCCGGUCAUGUUCUACCAGAAUUCUCAAAUAAAAGAUUUUAUCCCCGUAAUUCCACUAUCCACAAUCACAUAACAAUUUCUAGACGAAAAUUAAGUAAAUCUCUUAUUGAUCAAGAUGGUCUUCAGUCAAAAAUUAAGGAAUGGAGAGCAUUAGAUCCUACUAUAAGUAUAUUCUUUAGACCUAAAGGUUUGUUUUUCUGCUUUGCUUUUAGUAAAACAAUUUUUUUUUUGAUUUUAGGGCAUUUUGAAAAAGACCUUACUGUAGACAGUGACCAUGAAGAUGAUAAUGUGAAACUAACAGGUGCAAGUGAAACCUCUUUGCUCUUUGUCUAUCAAAAUAAAUGGCAGAAGAGGCUGUUAGCUAAAUAUGGUAAUGAACUAGUUUUAUUGGAUGCAACAUAUCGUACCACACGUUAUGCAUUGCCGCUUUUCUUUUUUGUGGUAAAAACCAAUAUUGAUUAUCAAGUGGUUGGAUUAUUUGUAUGUGAAAACGAAACUGAGGAUUCAAUCAGUGAGGCUCUUUUGUAUAUUAAGUCUUGGAAUAAUGACUUAAAUCCAAAGUAUGGAAUGUCAGACUAUUGUGUUGAAGAGAUUAAUAGUUUAGAGAAGGUUUUUGUCGGUUGUGUUGUAUUCAUAUGUGAUUUUCACAGAGAACAAGCGUGGGACCGUUGGCUGAAAACAAAAUCUAAUGGCUUAACACAAGAUAGGUUAUGCUUAUGCUUACUUAGAAUGAUAGCACGUGCAGACACAGUUGAGAUAUGUGAAGCAGAACUAAAUAAUUUGAAUAACAAAGCUCUAAGAGGAUAUUUAUCAAGAUAUUGGUUACCAAUAAAGCAUCGUUGGGUGAAAGCAUAUCGUCAGACUCGUUUAUUGGUAAAUUGUAAUACAAAUAAUGGUGUAGAGCGACAACACAACACAUUAAAGCAUAAGUAUCUUCUAAAUCACAGAAAUAGUUCCCUUAGUGGAAUGUUAUCUGUAGUGAUUGACGAUUUUCUUUCUGAUAAGUAUGAGAGCUAUAUAGACAACAAUAGAUUAAUGAGCUCUAAAUACAUGAGUUAUUCGGAUGAUAUUGAUGAUUGGAUGAUAGAUUGGCCUCGAUUAAUGGUGAAGCAUUGUCUGUUAAAGAAAUCACUUGCUGAGAAUUUAGAAAUAACAGCACUUAAAGUUGAAGAAUCUGGAAAAUUCUCAUUGCGAUAUUAUAAAGACAAUAAAGAACAAAAUUAUGUAGUAACUUUUAGAAAUGAAGACAGCAUGCCUAGUUGUACCUGCAUGAAUUGGAAAAACUCUUGUUAUCCUUGUAAGCAUUUCUUUGUCAUUUUCAAACACUAUCCUUGUUGGAAUUGGGAAUCAAUAUAA